UUGAUUCUCCGGGCCAUACCUUCGUCACCGUCCACAAGUCGCCGUUGCUGUCCACUUUGCUCAUCGGCUGCCUGUGUCGCGCAACCUAUGCUCAAUGCCGCUCUGACAAUACCUGCUGCUCCGAUGGCACUGAGUUCCUGAGCAUCGUCUGAACUACAUCCUCCCCCCUACUCAGCUAUAUCGUCGACCAGCAUGCCAGUCAGAGCAACCAAAGAUCAAGCGGAAGACCACAGUCACAUGUGAUCGCCCUCCAUUCCACCAAAUCUCAAUAUGUGGAGGGAUCGGACGAAUCUCUAUAUCUCUUAUCGCCAGUCAUAUUCCCACCAUCCCGCGAAGAAGCCCCGACUCCCAUCCUCCUCGAACGGCUAUGGCGACCAAGCAUCGGAGGAGACCAGGGGACUCAUGUCCGUUGGGGCAUACGAGAAUGAUGGCGAUGCGGUCAUAGAGAUGGAUCUGCUCCCCCCACGCUGGAUCGAUGUCCAGGACGAAGUCAGCGACAUCCUCAAGGACAUCACACUCAAAGCUGCAAAGUUGGAAAAGCUUCAUUCAAAACAUGUCCUUCCGGGUUUCGAUGACGAGUCGAUCAAGCUGCAGGAGGAGCGUGAAAUAGAGCAGCUCACGACGGAGAUAACGAGAGGCUUCCAGGAAUGCCAAAAGGCCAUCAAGCGCAUCGAGAGUAUGGUUAAAGAGGCGAGGGAGACAGGCAACCUUCAAAAAGGGGACGAGAUCAUGGCGAAGAAUAUACAAGUCGCUCUAGCAUCUAGAGUUCAAGAAGUCAGCGCCACAUUUAGGAAGAAACAAAGCAAUUACCUCAACAAGCUUCGCCAAUUGGGUGGCUUCGAAUCACCAAUUGGCCGUUCAUCGACUCCGAUUCCAGUUCAGAACCCAUACUCCGACCCAGCCUUGCUGGAGUCUGACGCCGACAAACGGCUAGGACAAUCAGCAUUACAGCAAACAGCGCAGAAGCGAUUGCACAGAAACGACACCGCCAUUGCACAACGCGAACAGGAAAUCAACGACAUCGCCAAAGGCAUCAUUGAGUUGGCCGACAUAUUCCGUGAUUUACAGGCAAUGGUUAUCGAUCAGGGCACCAUGCUCGAUCGCAUUGACUACAACGUGGAACGCAUGGCUACAGAUGUGAAAGGAGCAGAGAAGGAGCUCAUCGUCGCAACCAACUACCAACGACGCAACACCAAGCGCAAAAUUCUGCUCUUGUUGUUGCUUCUUGUUAUUGGCAUGUUUGUCCUCCUGCUCAUCAAACCGAAGAAACGAGCGCAACCAGUGCCACCUCCUGCAACCCCCGCGAAUCCCGACAGUCCGCCUUAAAGCUGGAUAUGAAUGGUGUAUAACGCGGUCGCGAAAUCCCUGCCGGAGUCUGAAAGGGGGCUACACACCAUCCGGCCCUCUCAUUCUGGUCUGGGCAACACUAUUUCCGUUGAAGGGCGAGACCGCGUUGUCUCGGUCGGAGGAUCUUAUCAGAUGGCAACCGCUCUGCCCUUUGAAACAUCCAGGGUAUUCUUCACCAAACCGGAGUCUUUCCGAUAGUCUACGCGGAGAGAAAGUCCAAGAGAGUUCCACAGAACUACAGAGACUCGAGAGGGAAUCCCAUCCAGAGGCUCGUGGUGCACAUGGAGGUUAGGUUACGAGGGCUAUACUACCUUGCCCUUCCGGACGUCUGCCCUCUUGAACAGGCCCACAACUUCGUCGAAACAGAGGCCAACUUGAAGUAGCUAUGUUGUAACAUGAUAGAUCCUCAGCUCGUCCUUAUCAUACACGGGGAGAAUCAUUGGAAUAUUUUCAACUCUUUUUCCGGAAUGUGUAUUAACACGAAUACUAUAGUGGUCAAAGUCUAGCACCAGCUCUUUGUCGAAGGUUCAGAUACCUGUGUUGUACAUGGCAUGCUGUGUAGACCAUCCAAAUAGAAGAUGCCAGCCAGGGGAUUGAUAAUGUGCGCUUCGGAUGUGUUUGCCGUUGCUGUUCACUGUCCCGUAUUCGCGCUUGUCACUCAAUAACGACCCAGUCGCCUCAUACCCCGUCUGACUUUCUCCCGUGGUGUUUCUCGUUUUUGGCAA